AUGUUGCAAUGUGACCACUACAUGCUGCCGGAUUGGUACAAUCCAAUAGUGGAGGGGUAUUUACGGGACAACGGCUUUUAUCAUGUUUCACAGAUUGGAGUUGUCCAAUGUCAGUCGGCAUUGCUUAAUGCUCUGGUCGAGAGAUGGCGCCCUGAGACGCACAUGUUCCACUUUCUGGUUGGUGAGUGUGCCGUGACACUAGAGGAUGUGGCGUUAAUACUUGGUCUUCCGACAAAUGGUUUGCCAGUUACAGGACCGACACUGAGCAGUUAUGAGGCUUUAGAGGCUGAAUGCUUGGAUCAGUUUGGUGUUGCACCUAUAAAGGCAAACUGCAGGGGAAGUUUCAUUAAGUUGGUUUGGUUUCGAGAAUUGAAAAAUCGAUUAGUGUUGGUUGAUGAGGUCCAGAUUCAGAGGUACGUGAAGUGCUAUAUAAUGUUAUUGUUUGGGACCGUUAUGUUUGGAUAUAAGUCUGCAGCAGGGGUGCACUAG